AUGCAAAUGAAAGGAAUUGUUGAUAUGUUGCAGAAGCUCAAGUUGAACCCCAUGGCCAAGGAGUUUGUCCCAUCCUCCUACCAUCAGGGCCAAAUGGGGGCUCAAAAUUUUGUGCCUAGUGAAUUUUUUUUAGGAAAUGAUGGUUUUUCGAACAAUCGAAAGAGAAGGAAUAAUUAUAACCAGGUUAAGAAUAGAAUGGGUGGCAGAGCUUCUAGAGCUCAGAGAGAAGACAGUAUUAGACAAACUGUCUAUGUUUCGGACAUUGAUCACAAUAUCACCGAGGAGCAGCUAGCUGCAUUAUUCAGUGGCUAUGGACUGUCAGAGGAUGAACGCGAAAUGUGCGCCAGGAUAGUCUACUGCACAAACAUUGAUAAGAAGCGAUACAUGGACUCUGAGAUUCGGGCAAUCAUGGCGAGUACAUGCCACUGGACAAUCAAGGGGAGAUUCCCACUCACACGACUUAAGGGCAUGUUUAGACAUGACUAUACAUUGUGA